AUAUCUCCCAUUGGUUAACUUGUAGAUAAGGGGCGUGGCUGUGGAUCUGAUGCCUGCUAUUAGAUUGCGGUCCUCUGUGGAAAUGAGCCUCAGUUGGGUUUGGUUCUGAAAAAGGAAACAGAGCACAGAUAAGUGCAUCAUUUACUCAAAGGUCAUCAAUAGGGGAAACAAUGGAACUCAUCAUCAAAGACAUAAGUGGAACAACGCAGCUUGUGAAUGUGCUGCCAAGUACCACCAUUGGUGAACUGAAGCAGCAUAUUGCCCCUCACUUUGGGGCAAGAGCCUCACGCCUGAAGCUUUCAGCCCUCAGUGGUCAGAUCCUGGACAAUGACCAGAUGACCGUGAGCCAAUACAGUCUGAGUUCAGAAUCCACUGUGAUGCUCCUGAUCUCCACAAGCCCCAUGCCCUUUCAGGUGUUUGUGAAGAAUGAGAUGGGACAGAUGAGGACAUAUGACACCACUGAUGAAGUAACCGUUGAUCAGUUGAUGAUGAAUAUCUACCAGAAAGGGCGAACACCAGUGGACCAGCAGCGGCUGAUCUACAAUGGACAACAGCUCCAGUGUGGCAAUAAACUGCAGGAUUAUGGCAUUGGUCCAGAAAGUACCAUUUUUAUGACCCUCCGUCUGCGUGGAGGCUGAUGAGACAAAAACACAUGGACAUAAUUUUUGUCUUAUUUAACACCACAGAACAAAAUAUUAAUAUAAUAAUGAUAAUAAUAAUAAUAAUAAUAAUAAUAAUAAUAAUAAUAAUAAUAAUAAUAAUAAUAAUAAUAAUAAUAGUAAAAGUACUGUGUAUGUUGCAUGACUGAUUCAGUUACAAUCAGCUCAUUCUCAUAUUUAACCCCCAAGUAAUCACAUCUGUAAACCUAUUUACUUCUCUUUCCUGACAAACUUCUGCAGACACUUUAGACACACACUUAGAAAAUUAUCUUAAUGGUCAAAUUUAUUUAUUGAUUUAUGUAUUGUUGUUAUUUAUUAUUUAAUGACAUCUGUAUAACCAUCUUUAUAAUAUCAAUAAUAAUCUAUCUUGUUGUUUAGUAAUAAGACCAAAACAUACUUUUGAUUUUAAGUGGGAAAUGCUGUAACUUAUAUAUUGUACUCUUGCUUUUCUGUGUAUUUCUUACUGAUAAAUUC